AUGACAAAAAUCACCACCGAUCUGCCAAAUAUAAGUCUUCCCAACACAAUGAGCAAACCUCUCAGGACAUUGACUUUGGCAGAUCCAGAGUGGAUGAAACCAGGCCCGGUAGAUCUACUAAUUGGAGCCGACCUGUACCCUCAUAUUUAUGAUGGCAGAAAAAUCAUCCUCGAUGAAAAUUGGCCAAUAGCGCUAAGCAGCAUUUAUGGAUGGGUCAUGACGGGCAAAUUUAGCGCCCCGCAUGACGCAACACGCAUAGCAGCAGUGACAACCUCAGAAUCAGCACCAAUCACUGCUUUGCUGUCCAUCAAUUCAGAACCAAUUGAAACUUGCCUUCGACGACAUUGGGAGAUAGAGGAGCCCCCGUCAAGGCCAGUGAAAAGUCCGAAUGACCUCUUAGCUGAGGAACUUUUCACGGAAAAGCACUCAAGAGACAGCGAUGGUAGAUAUUCAGUCCCUAUGCUUCUCACCGAAGAAAAGAUGAAUCUUGGGGAUUCUUAUCAUCUUGCAAAAAAUCGACUGAUCAAAUUAGAGCAUCGAUUAAAUGGAAACCCAGACUUCAGAAACGCGUACAAAGAUUUCAUGAAGGAAUAUGAGGAGCUCGGGCAUAUGAAACAAGUAGAUAAUGAUUCGAUAGGUCAGGGCAAAUAUUACAUUCCCCACCAUGGGAUAUGGAAACAAACCAGCACAAGCUCAAAAAUGCGAGUGGUUUUUGAUGCUUCAAUGAAAACUACGUCUGGCAAAGCAUUAAAUGAUGUGGUUCUGAAGGGAGAAAAACUACAGACAGACAUAAUUCAAGUGUUAACUCUAUUCAGAUUUCCGCGGUAUGUUUUCACAGCAGAUGUUUGCAAAAUGUAUCGUCAGAUUUUAGUUAAUCAAGAGGAUCGGCCAUAUCAGCGAAUAUUAUGGCGCGAAGAUCCAUCUCAGCCCAUCAAAGAAUAUGAACUGCAAACAGUUACAUAUGGAGUAACAUCCUCUCCUUAUGUAUGUCUGCGCACCAUGCGCCAGCACGGCGAAAAUACUGGCGAAAAAUAUCCCGUAGCCAAAGAGAUUCUCACAAAAAAGGUUUUCGUCGAUGACAUUUUGGCCGGAGCAGAUUCUAUUCAAGAGACAAAACACGCAAGAGAUGAAAUAAUCGAAUGCGCCGGUGAAUGCAACAUGGAGCUGAAAAAGUGGUCAAGCAAUGACCCAGAAAUAUUGGAGGACUUGCCGGAGUCCAAUCUCAAAACUCCAGUAGAAUUUUCAGAUGCAGACAGUUCCGAAUCGCUUCUCGGAUUACAAUGGCAGCCAAGCAGCGAUAUAUUCUCAUUCAAGGUUGAGAAAAUCACACCGGUGUACACAAAAAGAGGUAUCGCCUCAGUUGUCGCCCAAAUCUUUGAUCCACUUGGCCUGAUAUCACCAAUUAUGCUAAAAGGCAAGCAAUUCCUUCAACAACUGUGGUUAUUAGGCAUAGAUUGGGACGAAGCGGUGCCCCUCGAGCUUCAAGCACAGUGGAAAAAGUACACCGAAGAACUCAUCAAAAUUUCCGAGAUCCGUAUUCCGCGUCAUGUGUCUCUGAUCGAUGGAGUAAAAUUUGAUCUUGUCGGUUUUAGCGAUGCCAGUAAAUUAGGAUACAGCGGCAAUGUGUAUCUGAGGGUCGAAAGCAGCUCCGGUGAGGUCAAAACCAGCCUUUUAAUGGCGAAAAGUAAGGUGGCACCGCUCAAACCGAUGAGCAUCCCCAGACUGGAGUUGCAGGGGGCGGCGCUAUUAACAGAGUUACUAGAUGCUGCUCACUACAUAUGUUCAAUGGCUCAUCCAAUCAGGAAGGUGUUCGCCUAUUCAGACUCCACAGUCGUCUUAUCAUGGCUCCAAAUUCCUCCCUACCGGCUCAAAGUAUUCGUCGCUAAUCGAGUUACUCGAAUUUUAGAAGUAUUAACACCACAACAUUGGGGGCAUGUCAAGUCUGAAGAUAAUCCGAGCGAUCUGGCCAGCCGAGGCUGCAUGCCAGACAGAUUGGCCGACAACAGUUUAUGGUGGCAUGGACCAAAAUGGUUGCAAGAGCCAGAAGAAAAUUGGCCGAAGUUGAGUCCAUUUGACCCAGAAAGCAAAGCAGAAAUCAUCGACAAACUACCGGACAUCGUCACGCUGGUACAAAAUAAACAUGAAUCAUGGGGGGAAACUUUCUUAAAAUCAUUUUCAGGAUUUGUUCCUCUGCUCAGAACCACCGUUUGGAUGUUGAGAUUUAUCCAUAAUACCCGGCAUCCUACCCAGAAAAGAACUGGACAGAUUUCUAGUGCGGAGCUACAAGAAGCCCGGCACUGGUGGAUAAAAAUUAUUCAAGGCAAAGAAUUUAAAGCAGAGAUCAGAACACUGAGCGAGAAAAAAGAGAGCCCGGCCUCUUUAUGCAAACUUCGUCCUUUUUUAGAUGAACAGGGAUUAUUGCGAGUCGGUGGUCGACUCAGGCACUCAGACAUGAGCUACGACUUCAAAUUUCCCAUUUUAUUGCCUAAAAAUCAUCAUUUCACUCAACUGGUAAUCGACUAUUAUCAUGAUAUGACACUUCACGGCGGUCCCAGCUCAACUUUAGCAGCAAUCAAUCAGCGAUUUUGGAUAAUUAAUGGGCGUGCUGUAGUCAGAUCUAAACUUCAAAAGUGCAUCCAGUGCUUUAAAGUCAGACCAAAAUUCACGCAGCCACUUAUGGGCGAUUUACCAAAAUGGAGAGUUCAGGCAGCAUAUCCGUUUCUCAAUACAGCGUGUGACUACGACGGACCAUUCCAAGUCAAAGAAAACAAGCUCAGAAAUGCAAGGCAAACGAAGGGGUAUCUAGCCCUAUUUAUUUGUAUGGCUACUAAAGCAGUACACCUGGAAUUU